AAGCUGUUAUUUUUCUGACAGCUGUCCUCACGGUGAAGUCUUUCAGCCACCGUUCUGUAAAUGGGUUUAUUUUUCACACGAGCGCCAGCGCUACAAGCCUUGCUUAGCUGUCAGCUGUUUCAGUCGAGCGCCUUUCAUGGAUUGUCUGUGUCACUAAGUCACCGCUGCGUUCCUGAAUCUUGCCGACGUCUGACUUCGAAGGAUCUUGCUCUGUGCUGACCAUGGCAGGGGUCACCGGUCAGGGGCUGUUUGCCAUGACACGACACAUGGGACCUCUGCUGUCUAGGAGACACACCUGCUGCUUUCCCCCAACUGUGGCACGAUUCCGCUGCCGUCUGGAGAUCACCACCCGGACUGCUCUGUCCACCAAGGCCGCACACCUUGACCUGGCCCAGCCCUUCAUCAGGUACAGCUGCACUCCAGCGCGUUCUCUGCACGGCUCAUGUCGCUGGCUCCAAGAGACCAAGGAGAAGGGCUCGGGGGAUGUGGACACCGCAAAGGACCCCAACUCUGCCGUGCCAUCUCCUGCCAAGGAACCGGAGCGAUCAGUGGUGAAGAAGUCGCUGUGGCAGAGGAUAGUGGACGAGCUGAAACACUAUUACAAUGGGUUUCGGCUCCUGGGGAUUGACAUCAGGAUUGCUGGCCGGACCGUAUGGCUACUGCUUCAUGGCCACCAGCUUACCAGGCGAGAAAGGAGACGGCUCAUGCGCACAUGUGCUGACCUGUUCCGACUGGUCCCCUUCAUGGUCUUCAUCAUUGUCCCUUUCAUGGAGUUCCUGUUGCCCGUCUUCCUCAAGCUCUUCCCUGAUAUGCUGCCUUCCACUUUUGAAACAGAGUCAAAGAAAGAGGAGAAACAGAAAAAGGGACUGGCAGCCAAACUGGAGUUGGCCAAGUUCCUGCAGGAGACCAUCUCUGAAAUGGCCAGACGAAACAAAGCAGAGACUGGUGGUGAAACGCAAAGGUUCUCAACAUAUGUGCAAAAGGUGCGGCACACGGGAGAGCAACCCUCCAUCAAGGACAUUGUUCAGUUUUCCAAACUGUUUGAGGACGAACUGACGCUGGAACAUCUGGAACGUCCACAGCUGGUAGCCCUGUGCAAGCUGCUGGAGCUGCAGCCCAUUGGUACCAACAACCUCCUCCGCUUCCAGCUGCUCCUGCAACUGCGCAACAUCAAGGCUGAUGACGAGAUGAUUGCUAAGGAGGGCGUGGCAGCCAUGAGUGUGUCUGAGCUGCAGUCAGCCUGCCGGAGCAGAGGGAUGCGGUCACUUGGGCUCACUGCAGAUCAGCUCCAGCAGCAGCUACAACAAUGGCUGGACUUGCACCUGAAGGAGAAUGUUCCACCCUCGCUGCUGCUGCUUUCCCGGGCCAUGUACCUGACUGACCUCAAGCCUAAGCCCAUAGUCAUCCCACCUGUGGCCAAACUAGAGACAACUCCAGCUGCUGAAGCCCAAGGAGCAGCUUCAGACAUUCUCAGAGACUCAGCUCCGGUGAUAGCUGAAAGGAAGGGGGAGGAAAUUCCGGAGCAAUCCAGCAAGAUUAGUUCACCCAUGGCACCAGCUGCAGCCAAAGUCAUGCAGCAGGCCAAAGCCACCGAGACAUCUGAGAAAAACAAGAUAAGCGCCAACGGUGCAUGAGGUUCAGUUGGCCGCUCAGCGAAAGGGCUCUCUAGCAGAUGACAACACUACUUUACAGCUGUCCACCCCGAACCCUCUUACUGGAAACCUAGAGCAAUUCCUGCUUUGAAAACAAAACGCUCUUUUUUUUUUUUUUUUUUUUCUUUUUUCUUUUUUACCGCUACAAUGCGUUCAGCAAAUUUGCACCCAAAAGAACUAAAUGAAAUGCCAGUAAACUGUUACUACUCCCCUGUCUAAGAAUACACAGUGAAGUGUGGAACCUGACAAGUCAGAUUGGCUUAUUACCAAAAAUUUCAUUGUAUAUAUGUAAAUACUUUGUAUAUUUCCUUCCAUCUGGAACAUUUUAAAAACUUUGGCUGCUUUGUACAGUCCAGCUGUUCUAUGAAUAUUGGCAUUUUGUUUCAUGUGCCUGCACUAUAUUAUACUCAAACGGUGUUCAUGUUUGAAAUUGCAGCUCUUCUGACCAUAACAAAAUUUUGAAAAUUAAACUGUAGUAAAGUCACCCCCUUCCAUCUUCUUAUGGACACAACUUUAUUUUUAUAUGUGAAUUUGAGGUUGUAUUGUAUUACUUAUCCAACAUACAUAGGAACACUCCUGUUUAAUAUAAAUUAGAACUGUCCUCAUUUACUUGGUGGAAAGUAUCAGAGGAAAGAUCCGAUUUUCUUUUGAUCAAUUACAGAAAUUAGAUAUUUCAAAUGAAAAAUUGUUUAGACAGGAUACAGUGCAAAAUCAGUGUAGAGGUGUAAAACUGCAGGAAUGUCAGCUAACAAGUUACAACGAUUUUUGUUAAAGGCGUUAAAAUGUCUCCCAUAACUGAUCAUGGGCAAUGAGCCAAGGUGUUUAUUUUUGUCAGGUGCAGAUACUCACAGAAACUGGCUCAUUCUCUCUGCCUUGACAAUUUGCUACUGCAGAAAGGCCGAAACUGACGGUCCAGCACUUCCCAUCAACAUACUCCUUUACCUUUCAGACUGCACCGAGAGAGAAGCCUAGUCUUCAUACAUUUAAUAUUUGCACAGAGCUAGAGAUCAGAAAAGGAAGUGGUGUGACCAAAACGGAGCGCCCUCCUUCUUCUGAAAUGCGUCAUUCUUUCACGUGCAUUUCUUUGCCAACGCCCCGUUUUGUGAAAGAGCUCCCCAAUGUCUGUUUUAUGUGGCAUUUUAAACUGGCAACAGUCACUACACCUCAACAAACGAUUCAAAAUACUGUAGUAUUGUACUCCUGUGAGCAAUGCCUUCUGAAACAACCUUCCAAUCCCUUUGGAAUUUGUCAGUGAGCCUGUAAAUACUGCAUCUUUGAGUACACACCUUUUUGAUUGCAACCAGGACAUUGCAUCGUGCAGGGAGUGCACUCUAAUGCCAUGGGUGGAUAGCGCUGGACUUUGUUUCAUUCACCGACACUUCUGAGUCCAGCUCUCUAGCAGCUCUAAGACUUUUCAUUUGUAAGCGGCAGAGCGCAAGCACAGGUCCUUAAUUAAUGGAACCAGUGUUCAUGCUGCCAUUACAUUGUAAUUACAGUAGAGAAGACCCUUGUUUGGCCUAUAAAUGCAUUUAGUGUUCAAAAGAUGUUUCUGUACUCUAGGCUUUAUCCCACCCCAUUCCUUUCACACGUUAAUACCUAUUAUUAAAAUGGCAGUUUUUCCCCUGAAGUCUGAGUGCAGAGCUCAAGGAUGAAAUUAUUAAAAUGACAUUUUAACUUGCCCAGCAUCUUGGUUGUCUUCCCCCCUUUGAAAUAAACAUGAUACCUUUGAAAUGUGUACAAGUAACAGAAGCUGUGUUUUCGAUGAUACGGACACAUACUACACAUCUGUGCUGUCCAAAGGACAUUGUCAACAGACCUCAACCUUAAAUUACUAUAGUACAUUACAUGGCGAGCAGCUCCCAGCUGCAGGCCCUCCGCACUUCCAGCUGGUGGCACCGCACUGCAGGGACCUGAAAGCAAAGAUACUCAGCCUAGUAUGUAUUCAUGAUCAAGACGUCAUAGAACGUGUUUCUUUUCUAAAGUCUUUCGCUAAAAUGAUCGUGAGAACUUCUUUUUUUCAGUGCCACGCUCAGCAACGGUUGACGUAUUUAGACACAGACUCCAUAUCACGUCCAUCACUGUCCCAAUGAUAUUCAACAAAACAAUCAGCAAAGUGCCUUUUUUUUCCCCAGGCUCACAUCUAGCAACAUGUCACAUCAGGUGUCUAAUAAACAAUUGCUGCUGUGAUGUGGGGCGAACUGUGCUUGACAUCAAAAGAUUUGAGGUCAUCGCUUUAUUUUUAAUACAUUAUACAUCUUAAUACUUUUAAUCACACCUGCACGCUAUUAGCAUAGCCCAUUUUAAAAAGGGAGCCGCGCUGCCGCUGAAUAUUGCUGUGGGAUUUUGAA